AUGGCAUUCAAUCCGUUCUCGCUGGCUCGUCCUGAUCUUCUUCUACCAUUUAUGGGUGCUGGAGUUGGAGCACCAGGACCGGCCGGUGGUCCACCACCAAACUUAUUCUUCUCAAUGCUCCAAGCCGGGUUUCCACCUGGACCAAUUGGAUCACCACCUGAGGAUGAUGGGGUUGUGGAUGAUCCGAAAGUCGAGUUGGAUGAUCGGGAACUGUGGCAAAAGUUCUCGCAUUGUGGAACUGAAAUGGUUAUCACUAAAAGUGGAAGACGAAUAUUCCCUGCGUAUCGGGUGAAGUUGAGUGGUCUCGACAAGAAGAGCCAAUAUUUUGUGAUGAUGGAUUUGGUGCCAGCCGAUGAGCAUCGCUAUAAAUUCAACAAUAGUCGAUGGAUGAUUGCUGGAAAAGCGGAUCCUGAAAUGCCAAAAACGCUCUAUAUCCACCCGGAUUCUCCAUCGACAGGUGAGCACUGGAUGUCAAAAGGCGCCAACUUUCACAAACUGAAACUCACGAAUAACAUAUCGGAUAAGCACGGAUAUACGAUACUAAACUCAAUGCACAAAUACCAACCACGUCUUCAUGUGGUCCGGUGUGCGGAUCGCCACAAUUUGAUGUACAGUACCUUCCGGACGUUCGUGUUUCGAGAGACCGAAUUCAUCGCGGUGACUGCUUACCAGAAUGAAAAGGUCACCGAGCUGAAAAUCGACCACAACCCAUUCGCCAAAGGUUUCCGUGAUGCUGGAGCAGGCAAACGAGAGAAGAAGCGACAGCUUCAUCGAAUGAACGGAGACUCCACCCAAAGCCCACCAGGCAAAACGGCCUCUCUCCCCACCCAUUCUCCCCAUCCAUCCGAAUCCAACUCCGAUGACGAUGAGCCAACAUCAAAAAGGACGAAGCCAGAACCAACGCAAACCACACCAUCCACCUCGUCUCUCUCGACGUCAACCACUCCAACGCUAUCCCAACAUCAUCCACUUCGAUCUCCACCAUUCUGUAUGCCACCUCCAAUCGAUAUGAUGUAUCAGAACAUGCCAAUGGAUUUGGCGCUGGCUCAAUGGCAAAUGGCAUCACUCUUCCCGCAAUUCUCAUUGGCUUUAAAUUCACCAACCGCUGCUGCCAACUUUCUUUCCAAACAUUUGGCUUCAAAAGCUGCCGAUAAGGUAGAAGUCGUGUCGACGACUCCCGACGAUUCAGAAGAAAAUGGCAAGAAGGAAGUAGUGGAAAAAGCAUUGACACCACCGAAAAAAGGUGGUUUCGAUGUCUCGGAUUUACUUGCCAAACCCUAA